AUGCCAAGGUUUUACUUUAUCGGGGACGAAGACUUGCUAGAGAUUCUAGGACAGGUGUCGCUGAAUACCCCCGUGCCGGUGUCGGAGAGAGUCGAAGAGUGGCUGGAACACCUCAACGUCGAGAUGAAAGGGACCCUGACGUCUCUUCUUCAGGAAUGCCUGCGUGGGCAGAUCGACUACGAACGGUUCCCAAGCCAGCUGCUGUGCCUCGCCGAACAAAUCAAGUUCUGCGACCACGCGGAGGUAGCCGUUUCUCAGGGUGAUGUGAGCGGGCUCAUGCACCCUCUUCGGCAGCUGCUGGAGCAGUACACCGCCUACGACCUGUCGUCACGGCCCCUCAUGCAGCUUAAGAUCAAGGCCCUCGUCCUGGACCUGGUGCAUAGCAUGGACGUCGUAGAUCAGCUUCAGAAGAACGGCGCCGGGUCGGUGGACGACUGGAUAUGGCAGAAGCAACUUCGAUACUAUGUCAAGGGCGGGAACGCGAUCAUCAAGAUGAGCAGCGCGAGUUUUGGCUACUCCUACGAAUACCAGGGAAACGCCCCAAAGCUCGUGCACACUCCCUUGACCGACAAGUGCUAUCUGACGCUGACACAGGGCAUGCACAUGGGCUUUGGAGGAAACCCUUACGGUCCUGCGGGCACAGGGAAGACAGAAUCUGUCAAGGCGCUGGGGCAAGCGUUCGGCCGCCAAGUGCUUGUGUUCAACUGCGACGAGGGAAUCGACUUUCAGAGCAUGGGCAAGAUCUUCAUUGGCCUGGUCAAGUGCGGUGCCUGGGGCUGUUUCGAUGAGUUCAACCGCCUGAAGGAAGAUCAGCUGUCGGCCAUAUCGCAACAAAUUCAGAUCAUCCAGGACGCCAUCAAGGCGAAACGACCAUUCCUCAGGCAAGCGCUUCUCGGUCGGGAAAUCGAUGUGGACUUGAACACCGGAAUCUUCGUGACCCUGAACCCGGCAGGGAAGAAGUAUGGAGGUCGCAGCAAGCUCCCCGACAACCUCAAGGCGCUCUUCCGACCCGUUGCUAUGGGACGUCCCGACAAUGAGCUCAUUGCCGAGGUGGGUUGCUUGAAGUACUACAGCGGUUUGGUGAUACUGAGCUCCGAAGGGUUUACUGGCGCAAAGGACUUGGCGUCGAAGAUUGUGUCUAUAUUCACGCUGUCGAAGCAGCUAUUGUCCAGGCAGCAGCACUACGACUGGGGACUUCGGGCUUUGAAAGCGGUGCUCAACACUGGCGGCAAGCUCAUUCAGGCGGCGAAACGAGAAGGCACUUCUAUCGACGCUGCCGGCGAGCGUGAGCUACUGAUCAAGGCGGUACGGGUCAACACCCUGUCCAAGCUCACUUAUGGCGAUACUCGGCAGUUUCUCGCUCUCAUCGGGGACGUGUUCCCGGGAGCGGAAAGCAGUGACAUCCCCGGGGUGCGCAAGAUGCUGCAGCUGAAGGAGGCCUUAGACCAGAGGAUGGGUUGCGUCAUCGUCGGUCCUAGCGGCUGCGGGAAAUCCACCCUGUGGUCAAUCCUGCGGCACGCCAUGAUCAAGUGCGGGCAAGCGGUUAACACUCAUGUGGUCAACCCCAAGAGCAUGCCUCGCCAGAGGCUGCUUGGGCACAUGGACUUGGAUACGCGCGAGUGGUUUGACGGGGUGCUCACCGCUGCCGCCCGGAAGGUCGUCAAAGAGACGCCAGAGGUGAAGUCGUGGCUGAUUUGCGACGGUGACGUGGACCCCGAGUGGAUCGAGUCCCUGAAUUCGGUGCUGGAUGACAACCACCUCCUCACGCUGCCCAAUGGCGAGCGGAUCAACUUCGGAAACAACGUCAACUUCGUCUUUGAGACCCACGAUCUCAAGUUCGCUUCGCCUGCCACAGUCAGCAGAAUGGGUGAGACAGUUGAGCGCUCAUUGUUCCUUUUUGAUCGGGUAACGGCCUCAGAGAUGGACCCAUUGCCGAAAGAUGCCGUCGGCAUGAUAUUCCUCUCCGACGAGGACGUAGACGUAAAACGUCUCCUGGCGAGGUGGAUCAAGACACAACCCGAGGACCUCCGAGGGGGCUUGGCGGGCUGGGUGGACGACAUGUUUUACAGGGGUUUGAACUAUGUGCUGGAUCGGGAAAUGGUUGUAGACACCACAUUGGUGGGCACUGUCCUCAACGGCCUUGCUCAGGUGGCGGGUUCGACCUCGAAGGCGGACUUCGCAUGCGGGGUGAUUCGAGGACUCGGAGGAAACCUCAGCCUAGCCGACCGAAACUCCUUCGCGAAAGAGGUUUUCCAAUGGGCAGGCGAACGGCCGCCGGACAUCUCGUGCCCUCUAGACUGCUACAGCGACCGCGGAGCACUCACAUCGUACCCUACGGUACCCUCCAACGGGGGGCUGGGUGCCUUUUCUGACGACGGCGGCGCCACAAUCGGUCCUCAGUCGGUCGUGCCGACGGUAUCGGUCCAGCGUGCUUUGAGCAUGAUGGAGCCGUGGAUCGAGAACAGCGAGCCGUUCAUACUGGUGGGCCCCGAGGGUUGCGGAAAGGACAUGAUCACUCGAUACGCGUUUUCGUCUGAGGGCGUGUCGCGUGGGGGUGGGCGACCACGAGCAGGAGGAGCGGGUAGCAAGCGCAUAAAGACGAGCAUCGCCGUGCUCCACUGCAACGCCAGAACUACGGCGGAACACGUCAUCACAAAGGUGGCCCAAACGUGCAGCCUUUUCAGCGCCCCUGACGGAAGGGUCUACAGACCAAGGGACUGCGAACGCCUGGUGCUGUACCUCAAGGACAUCAACCUUCCAAGGCCCGACAAGUACGACACGUGCAUGCUCAUCGCAUUCCUGCAGCAGGUUCAGACGUCCGGCGGCUUCUAUGACGAAAACCUCGAGUUCCUGCGGCUUGAGAGGGUUCAUCUGGUCGCCUCGAUGAACGCUGCUACAACGGUGGGGCGGCACCCACUGUCAUCGCGGUUCACGGCCACGGUAAGGAUCGGCGUGCUUGACUAUCCCGAUGGGAGCGAGCUGUGCUCCGUUUAUUCUGCGUUCUUGGGGAAGGCACUGGGUGCAGGAUCUACAGAUGGGAGGCCAUCCGAGAGGGACAAGCUCUCCAAGAUGAUGGUGGAUCUAUACGAUCAGGUUCUGAAGCGGUUGGACCAGGAGCGGCUCAAGGAUGCUGUCAAGCAAGGCCUCGUGUAUUUCGAAAGAGAGGAGAGGGACCUGCACAUGCUCCUUUUCCCGGAGGUUCUCGACCAGGGCGAGCACCUUCUUCUAGUCGGUCGCAGCGGGGUGGGAAGACGGGAGGCCACGGGGUGCGGCUUGUUCACCCCGGCGGUAACGAGGGGAUUUGGCUUGGGCCAGCUCGAAACAGUCCUCAAGUCCGCGAUGCAGGCAUCCGGGGUGGAGGGCCAGCCAUCUGUGCUCUUGAUCGAAGACCAUCACGUCACCUCGGACGACAUUCUGGAGACGAUAAACUCUCUUCUCAGCGCGGGGGAGGUGCCGGGGCUGUACAGCCAGGAGGAGCUGGAGCCCCUGUUGGCACCUUUGAAAGAGCAAAUGAGAGAGGACGGGAACCACAAGACGACCUACGACUUUUUCGUCAGCCGGGUGCAGAAAAAUUUGCACGUGGCCAUGAGCAUGCUUUGGAAUCACCUGUACCACAACUUCUUGUGGAAUCCCCUUUCUUUCGCCAGAAUGAUCGAGGGGGUGAGCGAUCUAUUGGAGAGCAAGGACACCGACCAGAACAGCUUGGACGACUUCGAUGGUCGGGAAGAGGCGAAGCAAAGGAAUCACUAUGAUGAGGACGCGGCGGAGUCUAAAGGAGGGGAACGGAAGAGCGCUGCCCGAGGAGAGAGCAAGACCGCAGGAGAGAGCAAGAGCGCCGGGAACAGUAGGAGGCGUAUCGACAGCGCGAGAAGAGCAGCGCAUAGCCCACCAGGCCUCUUGGGAGAUGCCCUCGCGGACAAGAUUGUAGAGAUGCAUGAGUCGUGCUCGGAGAGCGGCAUGGUGGGCACAGGCACUACGGAAGCAACAGCGCCAGCAUCCGGAGCCGGAGGAGGAGGAGGGUGGGAUAGCGGGGCGGUGGGAAAGCCUUCGUCCUCCUCGUUGGCUACUCCUAAGGAGUACGUGUCGUUCUUGAAGAGCUGGUUUGACAUGCACGAAUCAAAAAAGGGAUCUUUGCGAGAGGAGCUGGGACACCUAACAGCGGGCCUGAGCAAGCUAGAGGAGGCAUCGUCGACCGUGGAUGACCUCAGCAAAAACGCCGAGAAAAACAAAAAGGAACUCCAAACAGCUCAGGUGGCUGCGGACAGCGCCAUGGAACAGAUCGCGACGGCCCUCUCAGAAGCAAGUCUUCGUAAAGGAGAAACGGAGAGGCUCAAGGACGAUCUCGCCGUCAAGAAAAAGGCCACUCAAGGCCGAAAGGGCGACAUUGAACAGGAACUGAGCCACAUCCAACCAGUCUUGGACAGCGCCAAGCAAGCGGUCGGACAAAUCAAGUCGCUCAAGAUGCCACCGGAGCCAAUCGCUGAUGUAUUGGGGGCUGUCCUCAUGCUGCUCGGCAUUCGUGACACGUCCUGGCUUUCCAUGAAAAAGUUUCUCGGCAAUCGUGGCGUGAAAGAAGACAUUCUUAAUUUUGAUGCCCGCCGCAUCGAUCCUCAGCUUCGUGCUAAGGUAACACUUCGAUGA